GUAGAACCUCGAUUAUCCGGACACCUUGGUUCCAGAAGCAGACCGGAUAAGUGAAUAUGCCGGAUAAUCGAAUAUAUAAACCACGCCUUGAUCCAACCACUUUAUUGAUAAACAGCAGUGCAGCAUGGUUGUCUGCGCAUGCGCAGAAGAUAAGCAGGCAUGUCUCCAUGGUAACAGCUGCAACGCGCAUGCGCAUUUGGGGGAAACGCCCAUUUUCUGAUCUGAUAAAAAGAAAACUCCCAAGCCGGAUAAUUGAGGUUCCGGAUAAUGGAGGGCCGGAUAAUCGAGGUUCUACUGUACUAAUUAGGCCUAUAAAAUAUCUUCAGAAACUUGAAUUGUACUCUGAUAUCCAAGUCUUCUGGGUCAGCUGCUGAGAGUGUAACUGACAGCCUCUUGUCUAUGAUUAUAGGCAGAGUGAAACACAGAAGUCAAGGCAAAAGACAUCAGUAAUGAUAUGGACGAGCGGAUCGAUAUGUUAUUACUAGACUAUCAUGCAAAGGGGUUGAAUAAUGGCUAUUAAUACCAAGUAUCAAAACCUUUUUGAAUUCUGUAUCCAAGGGGAUCGGAUUGGUUUAGCUGAUUACAUCAUUACUAAUAGUUGUAACCCAAGUGCGUACGACGCUCGAGACAUUAAUGGACGAACAGCUCUUCAUAUUGCAUGUCAGCAUGGACACUUGUUCACUGUACGCUCAUUGAUAGAAGUGUUUGGUUGUUCAUCUACGAUUGUUGAUAAAUCAGGGAAUCUUCCUUUUCAUGUUGCUUGCUUAUAUGGUCACUUGCCCAUUGUGGACUAUCUGUUUAGUCUUGUUGCCAACGAAGACAUUUCUACAGCUGUUUUCCAGACUGACUCAGAAGGAAACAAUCUACUUCAUAAAGCAUGCCAGUCUGGAUCAGUCUCUACUGUUAGAUACAUUCUACAACUUGUUGGCUAUCCAAAGAAAGAUCUAAUCUGCAAGAAACUCAACUUAUACCAAGACAGCAUUUCUGUGUAUAAUGCUGCUUCUAUUGAAACAACCUCUUUAUGCCAGGUGCAGUCAGUAAUCAAGUGUAUUACAAAGCAAAAUACUCUAGGUGACACUCCAAUCCAUGUAGCGUGCCGCCAUGGUCAUCUGAAGGUUUUGAAGAUUUUUCAAGUAUAUUUUCCUUAUAGUAAUUUGCUGGAAUCUCUAUUUCUUAUUGCUAUAGUCUGCAAUAACAUGAGUAUAAUUAACUAUUUCAAAGCUCUUAAGAAUACGACUGUCUUAGAUUUCAAUUCUGAGGAACCAGGACUCUGCAAAUGUGAGAAAAUAGAUUCUCGUCAAAGAUUCAGAUUAAUAACUUCGUUGGGAUUGCGUGAAGACAGAGAAUUAUUCAGAGACAGAACCAUGUACAGACGUAAGAAUGUUCAUCCAAUGGAAAGCGCAAUCUGUGAACGUUGUCAAGAUAGGUUAACAGUACUCAGUAUACCAGCUUUUAAUAGGUCUACAUCAAUGGGCCACUGCCCUUUUUGUAAUGAAAAAGGUAAUUAUAAGAGAGAGUUUAGUUUUCAUUGUGAGUCGUGUUCUUCAGUUUUGGCUAGUGAUAAAAUUGUAAGAGUGAACUGCUUACUAUGUAAAUCGUUAAAGCUUACAUUGUCGGCAUUGGAAGACCCAGCCCACCUCCGUUUAGUUCAUCCCUUACAGACUCAUAAGCAUCCAAAAGGACCCUCCCAAGCUGCAGCGUUAUGUGGAAAUCUGGAACCUUACCGGCAAGCACAAAUGAUGUUUUCUUCCACAGAAAAAUAUCUUUUUCAUGCUGCGUGCAUUUCUGAUAAUGUGGAGCUAGUUAAGCACAUCAUGGAAACAUUAAAUGUUGGUAUUAAUGAACUUGAUUCAGAAGAUAAUACUCCUCUACAUGUGGUAUGUGAAUGGGGGUCUUGUAAGGUCUUUUCAUUCCUCUUAUCUUUUAGUAACCUCCAAAUGACAAAGAUUAAUAAAUUUGAUCAGACUCCACUUUCACUUGCUGCUAAACACUCAAGAAUUGAUUUUGUCACCAAACUCUUAGAGUGUGACAUCAAAAAUGAUGGAAAUUCUUUCCACCUUGCAUGCGGUACGGGAAACAUCGACCUUGUUAAGGAUCUAACACAAUGCAAGGAUGAUACACUGAUCAAUCAUGUAGAUAAGUAUGGGGAAACUCCUAUAUUUGAUGCUUGCCGUGGUGGACAUCUAGAGUUGAUAAAAUUUCUUGUUACGAAAGGCUGCAACCCACUAUUUAUAAACAAACAAACUAAAGAAACACCCAUUCAUAUUGCAUGCAGAAUGAACAGACCUGAUAUUCUUGAAGCAUUGUGUCAAUCUCAGCUGAUAAAUGAACAGUCUCUAGAAUCAAACAUCUGUGGUAUUUCUCCAAUCCAUCUGGCUAUUGAAAACAAUUGCUUUGAAUUAAUUCAAAUUAUUGUUAAAUAUUGUUCAAUUAAUCUGAACCAACCUAUUAAUGAGAAACAAGCAACGUUGGUACAUUGUGCAGUCCAAAUGGACGAUAUAGGAUUGAUCAACUAUCUUCUCCAACAACCGUCUGUAAAUUGGAAUGCACAAGAUAGCGACGGUAACACAGCUCUUCAUUUGGCGUGUAUUGAUGAAAAUUAUGCUAUUGUGAAGCUGGUUGCAUGUGAAAUGAAGCACGUUGACUCUAGCUCCUCAGCUGUGCCACUGCAUUCCAAUGUUUGCUCCGCAGUAUCUCAAAAUAAUGUCAGAAAAUCUCCUUUACACUUGGUUUGUGAAUCCGAGAAUACUGUCAUCCUAAAGCAUCUACUAGGGAAACUCCCCAAAGCUUGUAAUUUGGACAAACUCGUUGAUGCUGAUCAAAAUACAGUCCUGCAUGUUGCUGUCAAGACUGGAUGUAUCGACACAGUUGUACUUUUAUCAGAGAUUACUUCAUGUACAUGUAAAAACUCUUUAGGUGAAACACCAAUACAUAUUGCAUGUGGAAGUGGUAACCUUAAAAUAGCAUGUAUUCUUUUUUCCAAAGCAACUGAUGCCGCUGUGUAUUCCAAGAAUGGAGAUUCUUACUUGCAUUCAGCCUGCCGAGGAAAGUCACUGGAGAUUAUUAACUUUUUGCUGAAUAAGAGUCGACUCAACUGUCCCAGUCUAUUUGUUGCCAAUGAACACGGAAAUACUCCUCUUCAUGUAGCUUGCUUGCUAGGUAAUGCUGAAAUGAUAAAGUUGCUAUUACCUCAUUGCUCGAAUCAAAUUCGAAGUCUAAACAGUCAGAAUCACACACCAUUUUGCUGUUUGCUGAUAGGUAAACAUCCGAAUGUCAUUAUGGAUCUCUUGUCAUCGAAAAAGAUGGAUGAUAAAUGGUGUACAGACGCUCAGCCAAUGCUUCAUUCUGUUGUCAUAUUGUCAUCCAGUGAAAGGGUAUAUGAACUUACAACGUUUCUUUUAUCUGGAAAGUAUUGCGACCCUUCAGCGUGUGACAAAAAUGACAAUACCAUUUUUCACAGUUUCAUACUUCGAUUCUCAAUGAGUAGCUAUAGACAACCAAGCUACGUCUACUAUUUUUCAAGUGAUAAUAAUUUAAAACUAUGGAAUUACCUUCUAGAAAUUCUUGGAUCUGAGAUAAACAAACAAAAUAUAAAUGGUGACACACCUUUGCAUAUGCUAUGCAAUAUUCAUAAAAGAUCCAGACAUGGUGGGAAUAACUAUUCAAAACUAAUGAUUGAAAGAUUGCUUGCUCAUGCUGAAAGCAACAUCAACAAAUCUCUAACAUCCAGAAACAAACUAGGCAAAACUCCCGUUCAACUUGCAAACAAACAAGUUAUGAGGCUACUCAUUCCAUAUGGAGCGAAUCCCGAAGACGUUUACUUUGAAUUUGGUCCCAUACUAGACAAAUUCAAACAUGAGCACCCCCUAAAACCUUCAAUGAAAAUAAUAGUUGUAGGUAACUCUACAGCUGGUAAGACAACUCUUGUAAAAGCCAUAGAACAGCUCGAGUUGAAGCAAGGUAGCACACCAAUCGAAAGUGUUGGUGGCCCAACUGCAGGAGUAGAAACAAUUGGACUGGAGAGCCCAGACUUAGGAGCUGUAAAAUGUCAUGAUUUUGCAGGACAACCUGAAUUUGAAAGCAGCAAUUCAGCUUUUCUAGAGAACUCAGUGUCUCUCGACCAAUCUCCAAUUUUCUUACUACUUGUCGAUGUUAGUAAUGACCUUGAUGUAAUAGAAAAGCACACUCGAUAUUGGUUUACAUUUAUACAGAAUCAUGCACCCCAACAGCUUGAAACACCACCCCAUGUAAUCAUUCUUGGGAGUCAUAGUGACUGUAUUGAUACAGCUCAACACAAAAACAUUGAGAAGUGUUUAGCAUCUGCAAUUCAAAGCGUUCAUUCAACUAAUUUUCAUGUUAUUGGUCCAUUUCUACUUGACUGCCGUAAAGUGGAUACUAAGUUGCAAAAAUUGAGCAAGAUGUUAGCAAAAAGCUGCUCAAGCUUGAGAAAAACAGUUGAUAUUGACAUCCGGUGCCACAUUUUGUUUGCUUAUCUAUCGGAAUGGUUCGGUUCUAAACCAGCUGUAAAAUUUUGUGAUAUUCAAGAUAGAAUAAAGUCCUUGACCACUACGCUGUCGUGUGCAUGCACUAUUCGCCAGCCAAAUUUUUUUGAGAUCAGUUCACAUUCUGAAUCACAUGAUGAUAUUCUUCCCUUCACUAAGGAAACGUUAUUAGAAUUGCUAAAAAGCCUUCACGCCGGUGGACAUAUACUAUUACUAAAUACAGAACCUGCAGAAGAUUGUUGGGUUGUAAUGGACAAUGAUUGGCUAUUUGAAAAAGUGAAUGGCACCCUCUUUGCUCCAAUGUCCUUUGAUACACCAAAGCUACCAACAAACACUGGGGUGGUAUCAGAAGAUAUGCUUAUUUCUCUGUUUGGGCAGGUUGAUAUCGACUUAAUAACAGCAUACACGGUGUAUUCAGAGUUUUGUCGGAAGAUUGAAGACCCAGUGACGCUAAAUCUAAUUGAAGGAGGCUGUACAUCAGAAUCGCAGAGUUUUGAUCACGAAGAAGACCCACCUUUUAUUUCUGACAAUCCUGCUGAAGCAGAAGAAAUUUUGAGUACUUCAGGCAACGAAGCAUCAGACUCAAUUACUGCUCAAAAAAACUAUUAUUUCUUUCCUGGUCUAGUUAAGUGUGAGCGACAAGCUGAUGUGUGGUAUGCCAGCUCGCCUGCAAGCUUUAAUUUUGGGUGGUACUUACUUUGCAAUAAGAACAGCUUUUUGGAUCCACGGUUUCUUUACGUACUUUUACUUCGCUUAACAUUUACUUUUACUGCUUCUACCAAAGGCUCAUCUCAACACGAUCUAGUACGUAAGUGCAAUAUAUGGAAGAAUGGUAUUCACUGGAGCACAACACGUGGUGUAGAGGUUUUGGUCGAGGUCAUUGAGCAGAAUACUGCUGUACUACUUUUGGUAAGGUGUUUAAAAGAUCAUGAGAUAGAAGGAGUUAAGUUGCGAUCUCAGGUAAUUAACAUGAUCCUUGAAGCAAAGGAUCAGUUCUGCUCAAAAGCUAGAGUUACAGAAAACAUUCUUGCUGAAUGUUUCCAAUAUCCUCAGAAUUUCCAGCUGAAAAUUCCUAUUCUUGACAUUGCACAAUCUAUUGCCAAGGCACAUGUCUGUGUUGUCGAUUCAAGAAACAAGCCACUAAUGUUAAGGGACCUUCUUUUUUUCGAUCCAUAUCUUCAGAUUGGGGAAAAGCUGAUAGAAAAAUUGUGGUCAAAGGAAUGUUCAGAAGAAGAGGUACCAUCUAUCUUCCUGUUUGAAUUAUCUGAGGCACAGAGCACACUUGUGCAUCAGAUUAGCAAGCUUCUAGGUGUUCCUCAAAGUGAUGUUGAUUCAUAUACUAGGCAAAAAUGGGAAUCCGAACCUACUAAAUUACUUCUCCAUAUCUAUGAAUUAUGGAAGGUCAGACAAAAAAAACCAUGUUACGAGAAUCUUCGCAAGGUUUUUACCUCACACAGCAUCUUCUGUGGUCGGAACCCACUAGAAGUGAUGAAAGAUGUACCUCUGGACAAAUCCAUGUCAUCUGAUCAGAUGCAUGUACAUGCCAAACCUCAAUUAGAAGCGUGUAUAUACAGUGACCAAAGCCCUACUUUAAAGACUUUCACAGCUUGUGCAGUAUACAAUGAAGCCAAGCCACGCACUGGAUCUCAUUUGCUGAUAGUAAACCCGAUGUUGGAAAACGUAUCAAUUAAGCAUCUUAUAAGUAUUACAUGGCAGAGCGAUCAAUCAGGAAGAAGUACCUCUGAUUGCGAAUUGUGUAUCCUAAGGGAUGCUUCAUGUUCCUGGGAGAAAAUUGCAGAGACCCUCGAAUUACAGCCACUUAUGUUUAAUUCCGAUCCUCACACCCGAAAGCCACCACAGGAUUGCACAAGUGACGUAUUCAAGUGGUGGCUUACUCAUGACACAAGUUAUGAUAAAACAUGGACAGGUUUACACCGCCUUCUAAUUGAUUCAAACAUGCCUGCUUUGGCCGAGCAACUUUAUGAAGCAAUUAACAGUCCGACCAGCUCAGCUCUCAGAGGAAGUCCCUUCAAGAAUUCACCAAAGCCGUACACAAAACGUUCAACAUCAUCUCAACGAAGAAAGAAGAAAUCAUCAAUAUCGGGAGCUUCCAACUUUUGAAGUCGUUACACACACAUUCUAGUUAUCCUGUUACACACUGAUUUUAUGCCUCCGGACAGAUAUUUUGUAUGUAGUUGCAGUCAUGUGUUCAUCCAUUGCACCUUAGCUACUUGCUUAAUACAAUACACACCCUCUUCAACUACGCUAUAGUUUUAUCUGUUGUAACAAUUGCCUUUCAUUUCCGUGUGCAUACUUGCACGUAAUUAGUCAUCACAAGCUAUAAUAAAUAGUAUAGUUAGUCAUUAUUUUUGUGUUAGUGAUUUACUUACACGUACAAUAAUUAUAACUGACAAAAUUCCAUCACACAAAUCAAAACAGUGUUUAUUAAAUCGAA